AUGUCUGAAGCAAAACCUAUUCUUUUAUUUAGGAAACAUAAAUCUGAUUAUUCUCAACUGCCAAAAGCUGAUUUUCCUUUUAGAGCGGGCAAGAUUUUUCCAAUGGUUUUACUUAUGCUUUAAAGGGGAGUCAAAAUAAUUCGUCAGACAUCAAGCAAGAAACAGUUUUAUCUGCUAUUCAGCUAUAUUCUAAAAUAAAAUCAGAUAUAAAAGCUGACAAAAUAAGAAUAAUCAAUGAAGAACGCUCUCUUGUUCAGCAAAUCCAUAAAGCAUCUGAAAAUACUUUAGAAAAGCUUAAAAUUUAUGAUCAAAAAAUAAACGAAAUUAUUUCAGAAAUUUGCACUUUAAGAGAAAUUGAUAAUUCAAAGCCACUCUCUUUUCUCGAAACAUUACUGUCUGGCUGCAAACUUGUGACUGAAAAAAUCAGGUCUCCAAAACUUGAGAUAAAAAGUAUCGGGGAACAUAAAAUAGCUGAAUUAUUUAAAUUAGAGCGAUCGGAAAACAGUUUCGAUUACCGUGAGCGCUAUUCUCCUAUUACUCGAGUAAUUAAAUUUGUAUGUAGAGGAUUUCCAAACAAAUUCGCAAUUUUUGAUGCGGAAAACUUAAAGAUAAAAAAAUUUAGUUAUAAUUACAAUAAAGAGCUUAACUGUGAUGGAUUUGGAUGCUUAAUUCCACAUGGUAGCUUGUUUUAUGCUUGAAAUGAUACUUGAAUAAUUAUUGACCCAUUGGGAAAUUCAAGAAAUAUUGCACCUUAUUGUAUAUGCUACUAUGCAGGAGCAAUUUAUGUUGAUGGAAGAAUCUAUAUUUUUGGCGGAUCUCAUGAAGUUGCAGUAAAAUUCGACAUGGAUAAAAAUAGAUGGUUUUCACUUAGUAAAUAUACUUUUCCUAUUGAAAAUCGAGCCUUGUGCACAUUAUUCAAAACCAAAAUUUUAAUAGCAUCUGAUAGCGAGAAUCCUAUCUUUUAUGAUACUAUUACAGACUCUUAUUCAGAAAUUUUAACAAUAAAGUUAGCACCUAAAGUUCAUAAACAAUUUUUUGCUAUAGGCGAAAAGGUAUUUUUAUUUGAAUUUUCGAAAUUUAUAUAUGAGAGUGACGAUGAUUUAAUGACUUGAAAUAAUAUUGGAGAAUGCUCAUUAAUUAGUGAUUGUGCAGCCGUUUGUGGAUACCCCAUUUGCUAUAAAGAAACAAUUUAUAUUGCAACUUAUCAAUGUGCUUAUUCAUUUAAUUUAAGAGAAAAGAAGCUGAAAGAGGCAAAAAUCUUUGAAAAAUCACUAAUGGACCACCAUUCAUUUUGAUAUAAUGGCUAA